AUGCGCACCUCUACCCUCCUCACACUCCUUUCCUCCCUCCUCCCCAUCGCCAUCCAGCAAGUCGCGGCGGCGCCGCUGGCCGAACGAGGCGUCAACGUUGGAUGGCCAUACGGGAGCCAAAAGAUUCGCGGUGUCAACCUUGGCGGUUGGCUCCUUCUUGAGCCGUGGAUCACCCCUUCCCUCUUCCGCGCAACCAACAACGACGGGAUCGUCGACGAGUACACCUUUUGCCAGUACCAGGACCGGGGCGUCGCCUCGGCCGCGCUCAAGAACCACUGGGAGACGUUCAUCGUUGAGAAUGAUAUCAAGUGGUUGUCUGAGGCCGGCCUGAACCACAUCCGGAUCCCCAUCGGGUUUUGGGCGUACGAUGUCUCUGGCGGUGAACCCUACAUUCAAGGUGCUGCCGAGUACCUCGACCGCGCGAUCGGUUGGGCGCGCAAAUACAACGUCAAGGUCAUCCUCGACCUUCACGGUGCCCCAGGCAGUCAGAACGGGUUCGACAACUCGGGUGUCCGCGGUGCCGCCAACUGGGCCACCAACUCCAACAACGUCUACCGCGCCAAGAAGGUCGUCGAGACACUCUCCCGCAAAUACUCGGACCCCUACUACUGGCAGGUCGUCACCAUGCUUGCACUCCUCAACGAGCCCGCCACAUUCCAAAAUGACCAGCUCCUCCAGACCACUCGGCAAUACUGGUACGACGCAUACGGAGCUGCUCGGUACCCCUGGGUCCCCGAAGGCUCGGCCUCCAAGUCCGGUCUCGCCCUUGUCAUCUCGGACGGGUUCCAGCCGCUCAACACCUUCAACGGGUUCAUGACCGAGCCCAACUUUGAGUCGGUCUUUAUCGACACCCACAACUACCAAGUCUUCAACGACGACUACCAGACCUGGGACCAGAACAGGCACAUCAGGGGCAUUUGCGACCGCGCAAAGACCUACGCCCAGUCUCCCCUCUGGCUCAUGGUCGGGGAAUGGUCCCUUGCUUCCACCGACUGUGCCUUCUGGCUCAACGGCCGUGGUAUCGGUGCUCGAUACGACGGUACCUACCCCUACUCGCCCCGCGUUGGCUCAUGCCAGGGCAAGUCGGGCAAGGGCGGUGACUUCUCCCAGGACUACAAGAACUUCCUUCGCCGAUUCUGGGAUGUCCAGACCCAGUCUUACGAGGCCAACGGGCAGGGAUGGGUCUUCUGGACCUGGAAAACCGAGGAAGCCGCGGAAUGGUCUUACCAGACCGGUCUCAUCAACGGCUGGAUUCCCUACAACCCCAACGAGCACCUCACGAGCUACCAGCAGGUGUGCAACUAG